CUACUAAUAUAUUAUAUUUUCCGACCAAAAAAAAAAAGAUACAUAAAAUAUUGUGUGUGUAUAUCUAGCCAAAAGAAAACCAGCAAAUAACUCUCUCUCUCUCUCUCUCUCUCUCUCAGAGUAGAGUGAGGCUCACAGCUCAUACAACAAAGGGCAGUGCAGUCCUCUUCAUCUUCCUUUUUCCUCUAAUUUAUUCAUUUUUCUUCUUUGCCCUUUACCUUCUCCUUUUCCUUUUCCACUUUUAUAAUUCAAACCCAAAAAAUUUCUUUUCUUUUUCAUCUUCAAAAACCAACUUUCUCUUUCUCUUUUUUUUCUGGUAAGAAAUUAGAAAUACUAUUCCUGCCUGCUUCUCCUAACUCAUUUAUCAGUUAAAAUCAUGCUUAAUUCCCACCAAAUUCUCAAAAGUCUCAGACUUGUUGUCCUUCCUUGUACCCACAUUUCUGCUAAGUGCUAACCCAAGAGAAAUUUCUAAUGCCUGGAUCUGAAGCUUUUCACUUCAAGGAAGGAGCUUUACCCUCUGCUAUUCAGCUCAGGCAGCCCAGGUCUCACUGCAUUCUUUGCUGCAAACUGCAGGAGAUUGUGAGCCCUCCAAGGAUUACAUUUUGAUUUCUCUAGUCACUUUCAAAGACUUUAGUCCAAACAACUCCCCAUGAAGUCCUGUCCCUUUUCAGUUAUUCCUUUCCUUUUUUCCAUUGUCAUUCUUCUUCCCCUUGUUUUCUCUGACCUGAAUUCUGAUAAGCAAGCCCUUCUUGACUUUGCUGCUGCUGUUCCCCAUCGUCGCAACCUAACUUGGAACCCUGCUUCCCCAGUCUGCACAUCCUGGGUUGGCAUCACUUGCAAUCGAAAUGGCACCCGGGUGACUGCCCUCCGACUUCCUGGAGUUGGACUUGUGGGCUCUGUCCCAUCAAACACCGUUGGUAGGCUAGAUGCCCUUCGGAUUCUUAGCCUUCGAUCCAAUCUCCUCCGUGGUAACCUUCCUUCCGAUAUUACCUCCCUUCCUGUACUCCAGAAUCUAUACCUCCAACAUAACAACUUCUCUGGUGAUAUUCCGGCCUCUUUUUCUCUUCAGCUCAAUGUUUUGGAUCUAUCAUUUAAUUCCUUCACUGGCAACAUUCCACGAAUAUUACAUAAUUUGACACAACUCACAGGAUUGAACCUCCAGAACAACAACCUUUCUGGACCCAUACCUGAUCUCAACCAACCCGGGCUCAAGCGUCUAAAUUUAAGCUACAACCAUCUUAAUGGCUCUAUCCCGUCUUCCCUUCAAAGAUUUUCCAAUUCAUCCUUUGUGGGAAACUCACUUUUAUGUGGAGCACCUCUUAAAGCUUGCUCCCUCGUCCUUCCUCCGCCACCUCCUACUCACAAUCCACCACCACCAGUAGUUCCUCAGAAACGAAGCUCCAAAAAGAAGCUGAAGUUGGGAGUUAUCAUUGCGAUUGCCGCUGGAGGGUCUGUUCUGCUGCUGCUGUUAGGCCUUAUCAUAGUUCUCUGGUGUUUAAAGAAAAAAGAUAGUGGAGGAACUAGUGUAUUGAAAGGAAAGGCUUCUAGUGGUGGAAGGAGUGAGAAGCCUAAGGAGGAUUUUGGAAGUGGGGUGCAAGAACCUGAGAAGAACAAACUCGUUUUCUUUGAAGGUUGUUCUUACAAUUUUGAUCUUGAUGAUUUGUUGAGGGCUUCUGCUGAAGUGUUGGGAAAGGGGAGUUAUGGCACAGCAUACAAGGCCGUCUUGGAGGAGGCAACAACAGUGGUAGUCAAAAGGUUGAAGGAAGUGGUCGUUGGGAAGAAGGAUUUUGAACAGCAAAUGGAGGUUGUGGGAAGAGUUGGACAGCACACAAAUGUUGUUCCACUCCGUGCUUAUUAUUACUCAAAGGAUGAGAAGCUUCUAGUUUAUGACUACAUCUCAAAUGGGAGCUUAUCUGCUCUUUUGCAUGGAAACAGGGGAGGCGGAAGAACUGCAUUAGACUGGGACUCCAGGAUAAAGAUUGCCCUUGGAACUGCAAGAGGAAUCGCUCACAUCCAUUCUAUGGGUGGUCCGAAAUUCACUCACGGAAAUAUCAAGUCCACAAAUGUCCUCCUCAGCCAAGAUCUUGAUGGGUGCAUCUCUGAUGUUGGCCUGACCCCUCUCAUGAAUGUUCCUGCCACUACUCGGAGUGCGGGCUAUCGAGCUCCGGAGGUGAUUGAAACCCGCAAGCACUCUCAUAAAUCAGAUGUGUAUAGCUUUGGCGUAGUCCUCCUUGAGAUGCUGACUGGAAAAGCUCCUCUCCAGUCACCAGGGCGUGAUGAUAUGGUUGAUCUCCCUCGGUGGGUCCAGUCUGUUGUCAGGGAGGAAUGGACUGCUGAGGUUUUUGAUGUUGAGCUGAUGAGGUACCAAAACAUUGAAGAAGAAAUGGUGCAAAUGUUGCAAAUUGCAAUGGCAUGCGUGGCAAAGGUGCCAGACAUGCGACCUAACAUGGAAGAAGUUGUUAGAAUGAUUGAAGAAAUCCGGCAAUCCGACUCAGAGAACCGGCCAUCUUCCGAAGAGAAUAAAUCAAAGGACUCAAAUGUGCAGACUCCUUGACCACCACCAAAACUUGUUGCUUUUUCCACUCAUCAGGUUCUGAGAAAUUCAUAUAUUUGUUCCUCUUCUGAUUAGGGAAGCAUAAUAGCACUUUUCCUUUAUGUACAUGCCUCCUCAGGUUUUCCCAAGCAUUAUUCAAUUACAUGCUCGGCUUUGUAGAGUGGGAAUCAAUCCAAUUGUGCCAUUUUUCCUAGGUAGUAGUCAGGUGGGUUUUUUUUUAGUUUCUUGAUUUGUUGCAAUAUGUAUUUUAACCUAAGGAAUUAAUUGAUGAUCUUCAUUAAUUCAAGAGCUUUCUC